GCCAGGCAGUCAGUCGAGCGCAGGCUGCGUUUGCGCAUGCUAACAUGCCAUCUAAAGUGCAUUCCAAAUUCAAACAACCAUUCAAUUCAUAGGCCAACGGCACUGACUUUUCUACUAUAUUACGCUUGUAUUAUAUACUCAUAAGUGAUGGAAAGUGUGUUUCAUUAUAGAAAAGUGUUUAAUAUAAAAUCUUUGAAAGUUGUGUCUAUGUAAAGUGGCGACGAUUGGUAUUUUUUUGUUUAUCCGAGCGAGUGUAACAACCGUGUUUGAAACCAAGAAAUGGGUUUAUAAUUGGCCCAAAUCAAAGGCUGGGAUGGAUCGUUAAAGCAUGUAGCAGCAGAAAAUGUCACAACGCGAUUUCUCAGAGGUGGAGCCAACCGGCUCUGCAUCUCUGGGAGCCGCGUCCAGAGCACUCUUCGUGGAGAAGGUCCGAGCGUCCAACGCAGCAUGCCAGUCCGGGGACUUCUCUACAGCCGUGGCGUUGUAUACGGACGCCCUGACCUUGGACCCAGCCAACCAUAUAUUAUACAGCAACAGGUCAGCGGCGCGGCUAAAGCAAGGUCAGUUCGCGGCCGCCCUGCAAGACGCGACGCGAGCGCGGGAACUCUGCCCAAACUGGCCGAAAGCCUAUUAUAGGCAAGGUGUUGCCUUACAAUGUCUCGGUCGGCACGGCGAGGCUCUCGCCGCGUUCAGCUCAGGCCUGGGAGUGGAGCCUUCAUCACGACAGCUCCUGGCCGCUCUGGUGGAGGCUUCCCUCAAGUCUCCUCUACGAGUCACACUGGAGCCCACGUUUCGGCAACUGGAAGCUAUGAAACUGGACCAGUCUCCAUUUGUACUGAUAUCUGUCGUUGGUCAAGAGCUUUUGGCGGCAGGGCAGUACCAGGCGGCAGUCACUGUUCUAGAAGCGGCAUUGAGGAUUGGAUCUUGCUCCCUUAAACUAAGAGGUUCAGUCUUCAGUGCAUUGUCAUCAGCGCAUUGGGCGCUCAGUCAGCUAGACGCGGCAAUUAACUACAUGCAGCAAGAUCUAGCCGUGGCCAAGUCGUUGGGCGACACGGCGGGCGAAUGUAGAGCACAUGGCAACCUUGGCGCCGCUUACUUCAGCCAAGGUUCAUACAAGGACGCUUUGACGGCUCACCGAUAUCAACUAGUGCUGGCUAUGAAGUGCAAGGACACCCAAGCAGCAGCCGCGGCAUUGACCUCAUUAGGUCACGUCUACACUGCAAUCGGCGACUACCCGAACGCGCUAGCCAGUCACAAGCAAUGCGUACAGCUAGUCAAACAGAUGGGAGAUAGGCUACAAGAAGCUAGAGAAAUAGGCAAUGUCGGAGCUGUGUACUUAGCUAUGGGAGAGUUUGACUCCGCGGUCGACUGUCAUACACAACACUUGAGAUUGGCCAGAAGAUUGGGCGAUCAGGUUGAGGAAGCCAGAGCAUAUUCGAACUUAGGAUCGUCAUACCACUACAGACGAAACUUUACACAAGCAAUUGCUUACCACGAAAACGUUUUGAGAAUAGCUCAAAAUCUAGGCGACAGAGCGAUUGAAGCUAGAGCUUACGCUGGAUUGGGUCAUGCAGCAAGGUGUGCCGGUGAUUACGCACAAGCUAAGAAAUGGCAUGAAAGGCAACUAGACGUAGCUUUAGCGGCGAGAGAUAAGAUCGGCGAAGGUCGAGCUUGUUCGAACUUAGGUAUCGUAUACCAAUUACUAGGUGAACACGAUGCAGCACUUAAGUUACAUCAAGCUCAUUUAUCAAUAGCUAGACAAUUGCAGGACAAAGCUGGUAUGGGGCGAGCAUACGGCAAUAUCGGAAACGCGUAUUCAGCGGCAGGAUUUUAUGAACAAGCGAUCAAAUACCAUAAACAAGAACUGACGAUAUCCAAAGAAGUUCACGAUCGGAGUUCCGAAGCUUCCACUCAUGGCAAUUUGGCUGUUGCGUACCAAGCGUUAGGAGCUCAUGAUAUGGCGUUAUUUCAUUAUAGAGCACAUUUAGGUAUAGCACGAGAACUAAAAGACGCGGCAGGAGAAGCUUGCGCUCUUCUUAAUCUCGGUAAUUGUCUGUCAUCAAGAGGCGAGUUCGCUCAAGCAGUGCCGUACUAUGAACAACAUCUAAUGCUUUCACAGGAGCUCGGAGAUGUUAUUGCUGAAGCAAAAGCUUGCCACUUUUUAGGAUACGCUCAUUAUUGCCUAGGAAAUUAUAAAGAAGCUGUGAGAUAUUAUGACCAAGAUUUAUCGCUAGCUAAGGAUUUGCAAGAUAAAAUGAAUAUGGGAAGGGCAUAUUGCAACCUUGGCCUAGCCCACCUUGCUCUGGGAAAUCUCGAAACUGCCCUGGAAUGCCAAAAGUACUUCCUUGCUAUAGCCCACAUGACGCAACAUUUGCAAGGGAAAUUCAGGGCACUCGGGAAUAUCGGAGAUGUAUUAAUUAAAAUGGGAGACGUGGAGGAAGCGGUUAAAAUGUAUCAGAGACAGCUUGGAUUUGCUAGACAAGCUCGGGAUAGAUCUUUAGAGGCAGCAGCAUGUGGAGCAUUAGGCUUAGCAAGAAGACUACAGAGAAGAUUAGACGCAGCAUUAGGUCAUCAUACACAGGAAUUAACACUUCGCCAAGAAGCAGGCGACGCGGCCGGCGAAGCAAGAGCUCAUUCUCAUUUGGGUGCCGUACAUAUGGCAUUAGGGCAUUAUUCUCAUGCAGCAAGAUGCUAUCGGGAGCAACUAGAAAGAGCUCAAGAACUUCAAGACUGUGCACUAGAAGCUCAGGCUUAUGGAAAUCUUGGUAUAGCGAAACUAAACAUGGGCCACUAUGAAGACGCCAUUGGCUAUUUGGAGCAACAAUUAGCAAUAUUAGAGCGAGUUAACACACCAACUUGCCAAUUGGAUAAAGCAAGAGCACUCGGUUCUCUUGGAGAUUGUUAUGACGCUCUUGGAGAUCCAGACGAAGCCGCUAAAUAUCAUGAACAACAUUUGGCUGCAGCACUUAAGUUAGACAAUACGAGGGAACAAGAGCGAGCGUACCGGGGACUUGGAUUAAGUCAUAAAUCGGUUGGAAAUCUUCAACAAGCUCUAGUAUGUCUAGAGAAACGUCUCGUAGUGUCACACGAGCUAGGCAUACCUGAAGCGAAGGCGCAAGCUUAUGGAGAACUUGGUGCUUUACACAUAGCGCUGAACAAUCUUGAACAAGCAGUCUCUUGUCUUGAGCAUCAGAAGAGUAUUGCCAAGGAGCUAAACAAUCAAAUAAUGGAGUCAGAAGCUUGUCACACACUGGGUGUUGCGCAUCACGCUCUCGGCGACCACGCAGCGGCUGUGCGACAUCAUCGCGCGGAGCUAGAACUGGCUCACAGACUGGGACUCACUCAUUUACAGGCUCGAGCGUGCGGUGGACUGGGCGCGGCGCACGCAGCGCUAGGCGCGCAGGCAGAAGCGGCCCGGUGGCACGAGUCUCGUCUGCGUCACGCCACGGCAGCUGGUGAUUCUCGAGGAAGAGCAAACGCGUUAGCAGAUCUUGGUAGAGCGCAUCUCGCCAUGGGUGCAUGCGGCAGUGCAGUCUCCUACUUGCGACAGGCACUGGCCGCCACUGAAGGACUUGCUGAUGCGGAUGAAGAGGCUCGUGUUCGACACAGACUCGGUUUCGCCCUUUGGGCUUCGGGUGAAUUGGAAGAGGCAAAGGAGCAGCUUCAUGCAGCCCUCACAGUCUUAGAAUCAAGCAAUGAAAAGCACAAAGACAAGAAAACUGUUGCCUUAUAUACCUCAACGCAUCAUGCUCUCCAAAGAGUAUUUGUUGAACUUGGACGUCAUCACGAAGCGCUUGUAGUAGCUGAACGUGGUCGAUGUCGUUCUCUGGACACUACCACAGACAAACAAACUAGUGCCUUGAACCAAGCGAAUCUUGAACUACACACUGCCCAAAGUAGGAAUCUGAAUGAAGAUGUUAGCAAAGACCGAACAGAAUUAUGGAGUCCAUCGACCGUAGAUCAAAUCAUGGAAGUGGUGAACAAACAGAAGUCACCCGUGUUGUAUUUCAGCAUUGCAGCUGGAAGAUUAUACUCCUGGUUACUCCAACCUCAUAAAGGUAUUCUGAGAUUCCACCAAACCUGCCUACUAGAUCAACCCGAAGACACCGAUAACAGUUUACCCGAUAUUAGUCCCGACGACCUUCAAACAAAUAUAAGUGCCGGCAAAUUAGAAAGAUGGAUCAAGGAGUGGUCUGCGUGGUUGAAAACAUCUGCUGACAGGAGAGAAGACGACCAAUGGGAUCCUGAUGACCGCCCUAGUACUGGCCUUGCAAGAAUGGUGACAAGAAACCAUUUGUUGAAUUCCUCGAACUAUUCACUGAGCUCCUUGUUCAGUGUAGGUUCCGUCGGUGGUUCAGUAGCCGGCUCAGUAGCCAGCCUGCAAGGAUCUACUAGGUCCAGUGUUCAUUUGCCCAGAAAGAAGCAGCCCUCAUGGCAAGGUCCUCCGUGCCUCAACUCAUUAUAUCAGAUGCUCAUUGCGCCUUUCGAAGACCUUCUACCGGCUUCCUGUAACAAUAAUAAUGCACCACACGCGCGUCGUGGCUGUGGCGGGCGGCGUGAGAUAGCUCUGGUGGUGGAGGGUGCUCUGUACGCGUGUCCGUGGGGCGCGCUGCGCGGGCCGGCUGAGGCGGAGCCGCUGUGCGAGCGGUACGCGCUGCUCGUGGCACCCGCACUGCGCCCGCUGCGACACACGCGCCAUCCGAGGGCUAAACCUCAUCCUGAACAUGGUGGCGCAAAUGCUAACAACGCAGAAGCGGGCAUGCGUUGUCUAGUAGUUGGCGUGCGCUGGGGAGCCGCGCAUGCCUUACUCAAGGAGGCUGAGCUCGUCGCAGAUAUGCUGCGAGUGACACCUCUCACCGACUACCAGGCUUCAAAGGAAACAGUGUUAGCGCAACUUCCUCAAGCGGAAUGCGUCCACUUUGCCACACACAUCUGCUGGAAAACUCCUGGAAUUGUUCUCAGUCCCGGAGAAGUGGUGGACUCUCAAGCCAAACGUCUACUCAACACAAGCGUUGGUAGCGGUGUUGUCGACACAUCAACAGAAAACGAGGAAGAUAAUGCUGAACUACCUCCAAGUAACGAAGAAUUGCCUCCCACCUCUGAGUUUAUGUUGACAGCAACUGAGAUCAUGAAUUUGAAAAUCACCGCCAGACUGGUGGUACUUUCAUGUGCCCCGUCAAGUGCAGCGUUCCAAGACUCAGAUGAUCCAGACUCCGUUACAUCAGCCGGCGAAGGUGUAUCCCGUUUGUGCAGAGCAUUCUUGGCAGCUGGAGCUCAAGCUAUAUUAGUCACCCUCUGGCCUUCUCCUCAGGACACCGCCACUAAGAUUUUAUAUCGAGCUUUGUAUUCAGCACUUUUACAAGGAAGCAGGGUGGCAAAAGCUCUAGGAGAUGCCAUGCAAACAGUUCGUCACACCAAACAUUUCUCCCACCCUGCACAUUGGGCAGGUCUAACCUUAUUAGGUGUUAACGUGCGUUUAAGCAACAAAGUUGCACUUAUGGGCCAAGCACUGUGUGAACUGCUAGCCGCUCCAGACAAAUGCAGAGAUGCAUUGAGAGUUUGUUUGCACUUGGUAGAAAAGUCUCUACAACGGAUCGUAAGAGGUCAGAAGAACGCAAUGUAUACGACACAAAAGAGUAUCGAGAACAAAGCUGGAACUUCUACUGGUUGGCGGGAACUAUUGAUGAGCGUCGGUUUUAGAUUUGAACCAGCGGCAAACGGCAUACCUUCAAGUGUGUUCUUCCCUCAAAGUGAUCCCGAAGAAAGAUUAACACAAUGCUCUGCCAGUCUUCAAGCUCUGUUGGGAUUGACUCCAACGACGCUGCAAGCGCUGUCGAAACUUAUAUCGAACGGGAGUGAUGUAGCAGACGACAUAAUAGGCGUAGUUCGCUCUGUUAUAUCGCAGUUCUCCGUGAAGAGUUCUGAAAGUGAUACCUUUGAGGUUGCUGUUAACGUCAGGUUAUGGAGAGUUAAUGGAUGUCACGAACUUUUGGCCUCUCUCGGCUUCGACUUGGCUGAAGUUGGUCAAGAUGAAGUUACUCUCCGCACUGGCAAAGCGGCUAAUAGACGUCACAUACAAUUUGUUUUGCAGGCCUUACUGGCGCUUUUUGAUACGCAAGAGGCACCACGUAGUCUGAGCUUGGAGUCCAGCUCUAGCGUUGAAUCGUUAGCAUCCAUAGAAGAUGGAGACUUGGAGCCGCAUUCCGAUGGGGAACCACCACCAAGACAGCAUAGACAAGAAAGUGUACCAGCCAUGCCACCUCCGCCAUUGCCAUUAGGAUCUUGCGGUGGUGCCUUCACAAUGUACGUUCGCGGCACCAAUUCUGCAACUGAAGUUGGUCGCGGUGAACCUGAUGGUAGAACAGCCCCGCCCCCAGCUCCUCCACCACCCAGAUAUAGAGGAGAAAGUGAUGCUGCCUUCACCCCGUCACCGCCUGCAGCACCACCUCCAAACUCCUCUGCGCCUCAAAGAGAUGUAUCUUUAGCGUUAGCACAUCAAACUAAAAUCAGAACUCUUUACACAAGGCGACCUCCUUCUACUGACGACUCAGAUUGGGAAAGUUCUGGCCACGACACAGUCUUACGAAGACGUCCGGAACAUCCUCAUCAAAGAUAUUUAGAUGCAUUUUACGAUUUAGCAUCAGCUCAAACUCGUCGAGCCGAAGAUGAAAAACCGGACCAAACGUUAAGCCAGCCAUCAACGUCAAAGCGAGCUCCGAGACCCAAAAUGGGUACAAACAGUCGAGACUCCAUGGCUCAAGUCAGACAUAUGAGCGGAGAAUUAACUCCCACAAUAUCCGAAGUUUACCACGAAAGAAAUAUUGGAUUAGGUCUAGCCCCACCAUUAGCAGAGCUACUUUUGUCAGAAGAUUCAAAAACUGAAAUGAGAACUGCUAGCUCCAGUGAAAAUUUACUUUUACAGAACCUAGAGAAGUUAGGUCUACUUGGGGAGACCAGCGAAACAGAGGACAGAUGGUGUAGUGGAAACGCUUCUCGACCUUGGCUAUCCGCACCUCCUUUGGAGACAGAUAUACAAAGUUCAGAUUUGACAACUGCUGAAAUAAUAGAACGGAAAAAUAAGUUCAAGAAAGACAUCGAACCUAAAAGAAAAGAAGAAAACGUUUAUGAAUUAAAACAGAAAGACGAUACGGCAGGACCGAGUGCGAUAGAAAAGCGGUGCGUUUCGCCAUUUUCGGAACUUUCUAGAAGGGAUGAAGGCGAUGGCAGAAGCAUUGCAGAUUCACAUUCUUCUUAUAAAGCUCUUGUUUUGAAUCCUAGAACACCAUACCUACCCGAAGAAGGGGAGUCGGGAAUAAAUGCUGGUAAUGAAGGAGGUAAAACGCACCCGAGAGUCAGACGACCUCCCGUACCCAGAGGCAGACCAGCGUAUACCACACUUGAUUUUCCACCGCAUAAAUUAUAAAUUAAACAAAUAUAUAACUUAUUAAAAUUAAACACAAAAUUGUUAAAUUCGUUAAUUUUGUAAAUAAUUAGGCGGCUAUGUUUUUUAUAUCGUAAGUAACUUGUAAAUGGAUUUGUAAAAAUAUUUUUAUGAAACCUUCAUUUAGAUAACAUAUUAGAUAAUUCUAUAUUAUUACGUAAUAAGUCGUAAAAACUAAUCGUAAGAUUGAAAUUGGUCGGUUUUAGUUAAUUAGUUUAGUUAAUUAUUUAUUUAAAAUAUACCGAGUAUUUCUCUAUUUUCUACUUCAUAGCUAGUACAUGGUUAUUGUACCUACACAAAAAGUAGACAUACAAAAUAUUUUAUUUCUUGCCAUCGACUGUUUUGUAAAAAUAUAUUUAAGUGAAAUACAAUACUCGCACAAAUCAAAA